UUACUAAAUUAAUUAAGCUGUUCACAAACAACAGUGUAGGUCUCUCUAGCUCUAUAUAGCUCUCUCUAUAAUUAUAGCUAUACCUCUACUGAGCAGUUGAGCAAUGUAUAAAACAAGCAUACCGAGAUUUCUGCUAGCCUGUAUGGUUGCACAAGCAGCUUUUGGUAUCAUGUUUGAGCCUAUAAAACAAGAUCCUCCCACUGCUUUACCUGACUUAUUUGUCUCUCUCAUCUGCACCGUGAAAGGAGUAUCUCAUCUUUGCAAUAGUGAGGGAAUGAUCAUUAUGGCAGAAGACACAUUGGAAUGGCACAUUCCUUUUUGGUCUUUUCCUCUUUAUUUGGGAGUCAUCCCUGCCACAAGUCCGUUUGAUAACUUUACCCCUCAAAGUUUGACGUUUAUAGCCAACUGUGCCAAUGGAUCUCUGAGCUCAACUCUUACAUUUGUUGCAAACAGGGAAUUCAAGAAUACACCAUUUCAGUGUGCGUUGAGGAUGGAUUCAAACCACCCACUCAGUCUCAAAAAAGUUUGGAGUCAAGCAAUUGCUUUAAAUGUUACAGUGAACACUACCAGUUCAACAUGCCCUGAAUGCCUGAACACUACCUGUUCGACAUGCCCUGAAUGCCCAACACUACCACCGAAUACUACUGUCACAACUGAGCCUUAUGCAGUGACCUCUAUCACAGAGGACAAUAUCACAUGUACUAUGUGCCAGACUACAUGUCCUCCCCAUGGAGCCGCAUCGGAACGAUCAGCGUCAAUCUUCUCACUCAUACUACUCUUGGGACUAUUGAUUAUCAUGAUUGUGAACUUACUAUAGUAACGCACGAGCUUAAAUCAUCAUGUUUGUACAGAGUGAGUAUCGUCUUUUUGUUCCCAAACUAAUGCAGCUGCUAAAGUUACAUUCCAAACUAUAAAUCUAUCAUUUUAUGUUCCAUGUUUCGUAUUGCACUUUUUUCAGCACAUUUACUAUACUGAAUAUUAUUAUUGCACUUUUGUUUGCCGAUCAAAAUUACUGUCACAA